AUUCUCUCUUUGUGGUUACAACUGCAUUGAAACCAAUCUCUCUGGAAGCAUAGAGAAGACAUUUUUAUUCUUUUUCAUGGUGAAAGCGGACGCAUCUCCCCAAGUGAAUAAACACAAUAUAGUCCUGAUCCGGGUGGGAGAAGACGGCGGAGCCAACUGAUCUGUAUAAGCGAUGGAGGCCACGGCGAGCUGCCCUCCCGAGGACUCAGAGGGGCUCGGAGCCGCCGGGGCCGCGGGCGGCACGGUGACGAAGGCGGACCAGCAGCUGCAGGAGGCCGUGCGGCUGAAGUCUGAGGGGAACGCAUGUUACCGGGAGAAACGCAUCCGCGCCGCCAUUGGCCGCUACCACCGCGCCCUGCUGGUGCUGCGAAGCCUGGACUCUGCCGUGACGGCCACGCUGAAGGGUUUCAGCCCGCAGACGCCAGCCCUAACCCCCCAGCAGGAGGCGCUGCUGAGAAGCACACAGGUGGAUUGUUACAACAAUCUAGCAGCCUGCCUGCUUCAGAGGGAGUGCGUCGAUUACGCCCGGGUGCAAGAAUAUAGUCUGCGUGUACUGCAGUGGCGGCCGGGCGACGUCAAAGCAUUGUACCGAGCGGGGAUAGCCACUCUGGAGCUGGGUGAUGCACACACUGCCCGGCAGUACCUCACAGAGGCCAGCAGAGGGCAGCCUAGCGAUGCAAACGUGAAGCGGCACCUACAGCGAGCCGAAGAGAGGCUCAGCAGCGAGUAUCAGCGGGAGAAAGCUCUGUACAAGGGCAUGUUUGGCAAGCAGAAGGAGGACACUGGGGAGGGAGGGAGUGGUGUCACACUGAAGUAAGUAUGAUGUCAUGACCCGAGGGGGGCGGGGCCUGUCCCAGAGCACAUGCACUGAAAGUCACUGGCAGGUGGGGCUGAAAUGCUGCCCAAAACAGGAACAGGAUGUGAGGCUUUAGAUUCUCCAGAUAUGUAAAAAAAAUAUAUAUACAGGAAGUGGACGGUACAUUUAGGAUGCACGAGCUGUCAUGAUGGACUGAUACGUGGUAAAGCAAAUCCUAAGUGUCUUAUUUUGUUAAACAUGAUCUGUGGAAGAUCCCCCAUAACCACUGUCUGCGUAUGCACCUAAGUGGUGUGUUUCCCGGACAAGCAGAAUGUCUUUCAAUUUGUUUCAUAUGCCUGAAUAAAUAUUUUGGAGAUACAAAGAA